AUGCGCGCUUUUCUACUGCUACUCUUUACGCUUACGGUUUAUACCGCGGCUCAAAUGCAGGGGAUGAACAAGAAAUGUCGCGAGAAGGUGCAGGUCCGCAUCCAUGAGAUUUGUCCGGCGCGCCUGGUACCGAUCGAAUUGCUUACUGAUGGCGACAUUUGGCUGAGCAAGUGCUGCGGAGCUUCAGAGCGCCCGGACAAUGCGCCGAUUCUGUGCGACGAUGCCUAUCUCAAGAAGACCUUUUGCCCG